CCGGGGCGGAGACGGGUGUCUCGGGAGCGCGCCUGGAAGCAUCCCCGCCCCCUUCUCGGCUCCUCCUGCUUUCCUCGCUUCCCGGAGCCGGGCUUUGGGAUCUUUUCUGGGCGGCGGCGAUGUCUGCGCUGGAGUGGUUCGCGCACAAGUCCCUGGGCGGAGGCAUCUACUGGAUCCAGGAGCGCUUCUACGAGUCCGGGAACCGGGCCAACAUCUGGCUGGUGCGGGGCUCGCAGCGGGACGUGGUCAUCGACACCGGGCUGGGGCUCCGGAGCCUCCCGGAUUACCUCCGCUUGGCGGGGCUCUUGGAGGACGAGAAAGGCGCCGAAGCCGCGCCGCCGCUUGCGGGAGAGCCCCUUGCGGGACAGCGCCCCCUGCUGGCCGUGGCCACGCACGUGCACUUCGACCACGCGGGCGGGCUGCACCAGUUCCCCGAGGUGGCCGUGCACAGCGCCGAGGCCCCGGCCCUCCGCCGCGGGGACAACUACGAGGCCGUGACCUGGCUCUCCGAGGGCGAGGUGGUGCGGCAGCCCAGCCCCGGGUGGAGCGCGCGGCACUUCCGGGUCCGCCCCGUCCAGCCCACCCACGUCUUGCAGGAAGGGGAUGUGAUCAGCCUCGGUGAUAGACAGCUCACUGUCAUGCACAUGCCUGGCCAUUCAAGAGGAAGCAUUUGUUUGCACGACAGCGAACGGAAGAUACUGUUCAGUGGAGAUGUUGUGUAUGAUGGUUCAAUGAUUGACUGGCUUCCUUAUAGCAGGAUAAAUGACUAUGUUGCAAGCUGCCAACGACUCAUAGAAUUAGCGAAUGGGGGCUUGGUGGAGAAAGUCCUUCCAGGGCAUUUCAACACAUUUGGUGCUGAACGACUCUAUCAUUUGGCUUCCAACUACAUUUCUAAUGCCGGGGUUUGUCACAAAGUUUCAACAUGUGCCAUGAGAUCAGUCGCAAGCCUAGCGCUUCGGGCAACAAAUUCUAGAUCAACUUCCUAGGAUAACAUGUUUAAUAUUCUGUUGUAAAACCCAAUGGCAUUUAUUAGUUACUUUAAUGGAAAAAAUGGGGGUUUGAGCCGCAAAGAUUAUUUUUAUCUACUUCAUUUUUGUUUUCAAAUAAAAGAAAAUCAGAUGCCAAUACAAGCUAGUAGCUAUGCCAAACCUACUCAUUUUCUUUUCUUUUUUAAAGGCAAGUUUGCACAUAUACUGAGUGCUGUUCCACAGAUAUUCUGAACAUGUUGCUUUGUAUUUUAAAGCAUUUUGAAGCAUAUGAGAUGCACUUGUUUUGCACUUGUGUCAGAUUUAUUAAUGAGAUCUUAGGUAUUCAUGUUGAAAACAUAGUUUAAACGGCUGACCUUAUUAUCAGCAGUAUUGUGGGUGUGGGUUGGGAGAAUUAAAACAUUCCACUGUUCCAUUGAAUGCACUAAGUUUAAGUACCCAACAGUUUAUUUUUUAUUGAAUGGGUGAAUGUAAGAUGUAGUUGUUACCAAAUGAGAAGGUAGUAUUGCUCUUCAGAAAUUAUGUUGCAUUGGCUUUUGUUUCCUAAACAAAUGAAAUAGCAGUAAAUAUUUGAAGUAUAUUGCUUGCUUGGUAAAUGUGACUAACUGUUUCAGUGUUAGUGUGUGUACCUGUUAAGGCCUCCAGUCUGAUGGUUUUAUAUAUAGUACACACCCAUGAUGAAUGUUUUCUGUAGUAAAGUAGCUGCAUAAAAAGCACAGCACUUGCCAGUUACAAAUUGUUAGAUGCACCAAGUAAAAUGGGUCAUGGAAGAAGAAGAAUGUAAUGGUUUGCAGGAGAUGUUUAGCAAAAACUACAGCUUUCAGUCAGGCCCUGUGUGUCUGGUGAUUUUCAGGUUACGUUUGUGGGCAGAAGUACAGUUAAAAGUUUUGCAAACACCUUAUGUCAUUUUCCUUUUGUUUCUCCUUUCCCCCAACUUCUCUAGUACAGUACAGCCCCUGUAUCUGCAGGACUAGUAUCCUUGAUUUCAUUUCUGCCCAGCAAACGAUGACUUCUCUAGGUAUGAGGGCUAUCCACAAAGUUGAUUACGUUUUGGAUUUAAAAAAGGGCAAAGUAUAGGAGAAAUCAUUUACCAUAUGCAGCUGAAAGCCACGUCCUAAUACUACAUCUCACGUAAUCCCCAUUGAAAUCUAGGCAAGUCUCAGAUAGAUAAAUGAGGUUGGAAAGUUCUGCCCCAGGAAAUUCAGCCUCUCCGUUUCCAACAAUGGGGCAUGGCUGUCAACACAGCGUUUUGGCAUCGCUGCAGGAAGGGAAAAGGGGGAAGGGCUGAGGACACAGGUAGGAGAAUUUACUGGAGCAGAACUUUCCAACCUCAUUUAUCUAUCUGAGACGUGCCUAGAUUUCAAUGGGGAUUACGUGAGAUGUAGUAUUGGGAUGUGGCUUUCAGCUGCAUAUGGUAAAUGAUUUCUCCUAUACUUUGUCCUUUUAAAAAUCCAAAACGUAAUCAACUUUGUGGUUAGCCCUCGUAUUUUCUAGAAUCUCCAGCAUGACUCAAGUGUAUUCUUGGGCCAGAUGUCCUUCAUUUAAAUAGUGUUGACAAUUACCUGUUGUUUUGCAUAUGCGCAUGAAGUUGGGAAACAUAUCCCAUGCAGAUAUUGGGGCCAUACUGUACUUACUUUCAAGCUACUUAACAAAAUCUCUUCUCAAUUGCCCUAUUCUUUCAAGUAUAUUUAGCUAUCUGGAAUAUUACCAGUUUUUUAUAUGAAGUCUGUGUGUCUUUGUCUGUGCCUGUGUGUGUGUGUGUGUGUGUGUGUGUGUCUUGUAACUGUAAAAUGGAAAAUAAUUUGAUUAUUAAGAAUUCAGGAAGAAAGAUACGAACAGUGGCCCUUUCUUGUGAGAACAGGAAGCAGAUUUAUUUUUCAUCCUUCUGUGAAUGCGCUAAAUAUUAUUUCCUCUGAAUCAAAUAUCAUAGCAUUACACAUAGAGAGUUUGGCCCCCACUGUAUUCAGCACUUUAGCCCCCGAGUAGUCUCGAGGGUGGCUAGUUGGAUGUAUUCUGUUCUUCAAACAGUGCCUGUUCCCUGUUUAACACUGGAGAAGAACAUUAAGCGAAAAGCACAGAUUUGCUAGUGAAUUUGCUAGUUCAGACAUGAAGGUUAGAAAUGUCUUUUAGCUUUAAUUAUCUUUAUGAAUCUUGCACCAAACAAAUUGAUAAAUUGCUUAUGUUACAGACCACUUCACUUUGGCAUUUAGCUUUGGAAGCAUAAACUAUCAAUUUAGGGGCAAAGGGUACCCAAGAAUGUAAGCUUGAAAAUCAUAGAACUUAUUAGAACUAGUUAAAAAGAAAAAGCCUAAGCAAAUGCAGAGCCAUAUAGAAAUUGUCAUAAUAGAUUUCCAAAUGACACACUUUCUACACUUAAAUCCUUUUUUUCUCUCCUGCUAAUCACAAUGAACAACAAUUGCAUCAGGAACAAUAUUAAGCAAAACUAAGGCUAACCUGGUUAACUUGAUUAACCUUCUGUACUUUGAUUUCCAACCAGCUUUGGACUGUCCCUUGUGAACUGCUGUGCCUUGUUCUUAGUAUUUAGUUUUGUGGACAUUUUACAUUGAACUGCUAAAAAUGAUUUCGUUGUUAGGAAGUAUUUUCGAGGCACUAAUUAGGAUUUCCUCCUGAGGAAAAGCAAAUUGCCUAUGUUGAACCUCUCCUGCUUCCUCUCUCUCUCCACAAAUAGCUUAAAACUUAUUUCCCCAAAGCCUUAAAUUAUAUUGACACUUUGUAGACUGCUCACUAAGAAGUAUUCAGAUAUGAAAAAUUGAAACUGCCAAAGAUUACUUUCACUGAAGACCUGAACUUUGUUUUCACUAUGGAAUAGUUCUGUUAGGUUGUUGAAUUAGUAUAUAUUAAUAAAAAAUACAUUGGUUAUUUUAAAAUUAAUGCUUUGUUUUCUAUUUUGCUCUGAAUUUACAGUUCACACUGCUAUCUUAUCUAAUAAUAUCAAUAACUAGUUCUUGGGAAAUAUGGUCAGAUCACAUAGAAAAAAAUCCCACAGCCUUAAUCCUAAGCAUAUGUAGUGAGGAAGAAGUCUCCCUCAAUUAAGUAAGGCUUAGGGCUUAUCUACACUGGCCACUUAAUCUGUGACCAUUCCGGAGCAAGAAUGCUCCAUAUUUGCCCUGGAGGUGGCCACACACUCUGAUCACAAGCCCUGGCAUGGCGGAGCCCACACAGAUUUAUCCCCUUUUCCCUGCACUGAUGAGCACAGGAAAUACAGGAGGACAGCAGCACACCAUGUGGACUGCAAACCAGUCCGCAUUGGAUCUAGUCCUGCUGUCUACAUUGUGCAGAAAUGAUGGGUUUGUGCCAGCGUUUCGGCCAAACUCAGAAGCAUCCCCUAACUUUCCUUAACAUGGGGCUAAACUGGAUUUACCCCAUGAUAAGGACUGGAAGUCUCAGAAUAUCACAAAGACCACUAGAAGCGACUUCAUGGUGAAUGUGGGCUAUUAAGUCUGUAUAGAUGAGCCCUCAGGUCCUUGCGCGUUGAGAGAGCUUUGCAAUUUUCAUUGAAGUUUUAACUUAGAAUGAAGUCACAAUUCCUCUUUGGAUUAAUACUGGUUAUUAAAGUACAAUGCCAGAGUGAGAGUGUUGUUUUAUAAUCUUAUAUUAAUUAUUUUUAUAUAAUAAAACCAUUAAUAUUGCUGAAAUAGUUUAUUAAAGCUUUUGAGCAUAGAGUAUUCCCUAUUUAUUGUGAUCAUUAUCUGUUUUCACUUUAAUGUUACACAGUGAGAGUCAUCUACUUUAGUUUAAUUGUAAGGGGUUUAGAAACCUGUGAUUUCAGUUUUGACUGUUUUUAUUGGUUUAAAAGCUAAAUAUAUUGCAGACAAAGUUCUUAAUGUGAAGGCAGUGGUAUAUUGCCAAUUCAAUGGUUGUCCUCUAACUGACUCAUAGAUUAUGAUGAAAAAUGGAGUUGAAAGGUGUUUUUAAGAUAGUAAUACACUGUACUGUUGAUAGAACUUUACUAAAUUUGCCACUGUUUUCAAAGAACAUUCUAUAUUAUUUUGACAAAUAUUGCUAAUAAAAGAAUUAUGACACAAAACA